UCCACCCGCCCCUUCCUCCGCCUUGUUCUCCUCCAGCACCCAGCCCCCAGUCCUCCUCCCCCCUUUUGCCCUGCUUCGUUAACAGCUCCCCGGCAGCAGCAGCAGCAGGAACGCACACCCCAGACGGCUGCGACUGAACUCUCAACCGAGGGAGCAAAGAUGGAGCACAGGGACGCCGACUUCAACAUCCUGCUAGCGACAGACUCCUACAAGGUGACACAUUACAAACAGUAUCCCCCCAACACGAGUAAAGUCUAUUCCUACUUUGAGUGCCGCGAGAAGAAGACUGAUCCCGGGAAAAACAGGAAGGUCAAAUAUGAGAAGACAGUGUUCUAUGGCCUACAGUACGUCCUGCACAAAUACCUUAAAGGAAAGGUCAUCACUCCAGAGAAGAUCCAGGAGGCAAAGGAAGUUUACCGGGAACACUUCCAGGAUGAUGUUUUUAACGAGAAAGGCUGGAACUACAUUUUGGAAAAAUACAGCGGACACCUGCCUAUAGAAAUCAAGGCGGUGCCGGAAGGGAGCGUCAUUCCUCGAGGCAACGUCCUGUUCACAGUGGAGAGCACAGAUCCUGACUGCUACUGGCUCACCAAUUGGGUGGAGACCAUCCUGGUGCAGAUCUGGUACCCCGUCACAGUGGCAACCAACUCCAGGGAGCAGAAGAAGAUCCUCGCCAAGUAUCUCCUGGAGACAUCCGGGAACUUGAAGGGACUGGAGUACAAACUCCACGACUUUGGCUACCGGGGUGUCUCCUCACAAGAGACUGCAGGCAUUGGCGCCUCUGCUCACUUGGUCAAUUUCAAGGGCACAGACACAGUCGCCGGCAUCGGAGUCAUUAAGAAGUACUACGGCACCAAGGACCCAGUACCUGGCUUCUCUGUACCUGCUGCAGAACACAGCACCAUCACUGCGUGGGGCAAGGACCACGAAAAAGAUGCCUUCGAGCACAUCAUCAAGCAGUACCCCAACGUGCCCGUCUCCAUCGUCAGCGACAGCUACGACAUCUACAAUGCCUGCGAGAAGAUCUGGGGCGAGGACCUCCGCGGGCUCAUCGAGAAGCGCAGUGCUGACGCUCCACUCGUCGUGCGGCCCGACUCAGGGAAUCCACUGGAUACAGUAUUGAAGGUUUUGGAGAUCCUGGGUAGGAAGUUCCCCUAUGUGGAGAACUCUCAAGGCUAUAAGGUGCUGCCUCCUUAUAUCCGAGUCAUCCAAGGAGACGGUGUGGACAUUAACACACUACAGGAGGUAGUGGAGGGCAUGAAGCAGCACAAGUGGUCUAUCGAGAACGUUUCCUUCGGCUCCGGAGGGGCUCUGCUGCAGAAACUGACCCGAGAUCUGCUCAACUGCUCCUUUAAAUGCAGCUACGUGGUCACCAAUGGACUCGGGGUGAACGUGUUCAAGGACCCCGUGGCAGACCCCAACAAGAGGUCUAAGAAAGGUCGGCUAUCUCUGCACCGGACUCAAAGCGGGGAGUUUGUCACUCUGGAGGAGGGCAAAGGUGACCUGGAGGAGUAUGGCGUGGACCUGCUGCACACGGUCUUCCACAACGGCAAGAUUGUGAAGACGUACACGUUCGACCAAAUCAGAGACAAUGCCAAACUCAAAGAGAGCGAGCUCGACGAGCUGCUGCACUGAGCACGCCGGUAAAGUCGGUAACCAAUGAAUGAAUGAAUUUCCCUCUCCUUCCUUCAACCAUUCACCUCUUGGCCUCUGUGACGUCAAACCCCUACAAAAUGGAGGUCACGUGCACUGAUAUUACUCUUCCUCCCUUGAAAUAUACUGUGACUUCUUUUAAAAAUUAAAAUGUUUGCUCACUAAGAGCCGCAGUGGGGGAUGAUGUGAAAGAGAAAAAAAAAAGAAGAAAAAGAGCUAGCUAAACCGGAUGACGUGAUUGGCUGAGAGCGCUGUCUCUUUUGUCAUGGAGACUACCAAGUGAAGGCAUUUACCAUAUGAAGACACACCCCUUAGAAUCAUUUCUUUUUAAUAACCAAGUUAUUGUUGAAGAAAAAAGAAAAGGCCAAACUCUUUAUCAACUGGUGUCUGAAUGUUUUGCACUAUUAAAAGAAAAAGUGUAUCCAGGAA